UUGGACCCUUCAGGGAUAUUGUCACAGGAAUGUCACUUUGAGAAGUUCCACAGAUUUGGAAGGUCUUAUAUUGCAGCUUCAUAUGUGAAGUUUUUGGAAUCUGCCGGUGCCCGAGUUGUGCCUAUAAGAUUAAAUCUUUCAGAUGAAGAAUAUGAUAAAAUAUUCCACUCUAUUAAUGGGGUACUUUUUCCAGGAGGUGGUGUGGAUCUGAAGACUUCAGAAUAUUCCAGGGUUGCUAAGAUAUUUUACCACAAGGCAUUAGAGGCUAACGAUAAAGGAGAUUAUUUCCCAGUAUGGGGAACAUGUCUUGGACAUGAAGAGCUUACGUAUCUCACAAGUGGUGAAGUUUUACUUGUUAAUACCAAGACAGAUGGUUUUGCACUCCCUCUGAACUUUACCUCAGCUGCAAAAGACAGUAGAUUAUUCAAGAAUUUCCCUGAUGAUGUAUUGCAUGCAUUUGCUACCGAGCCAUUGACAUCAAACUUUCAUAUGUGGAGCCUCUCCAUGGAGAAUUUCACAAAAAAUGAAAAGCUUCGUAAUUUCUAUAAUGUUCUGACCACUAACACCGUUAAUGAAGUGGAGUUUAUAUCUACCAUGGAAGCAUACAAAUAUCCAAUUUAUGGCGUCCAGUGGCAUCCAGAGAAAAAUCCUUUUGAGUGGAAGAAUUCACCUGGCAUUCCACAUUCCCCAUCAGCUGUAAGAGCAUCAUAUUAUAUAGCUGACUUCUUCAUUAAUGAAGCCCGGAAGAGCCUGCACCAUUUCCCCAGUGAAGAUGAGGAAACAAAAGAAUUGAUUUAUAAUUAUACUCCAGUUUAUACAGGAACAUUUUCUUCAUUUCAGCAAAUCUAUUUUUUUGAUUGAGUAUUGUGUCAAAGGUGCCGUGUUGCUAUUUAUAAAUGAAAUUAUUUGCCAGCAUUGUGUAAUUAAGCUAAGAUAGUGCACUGCAUGUGACAGAAAGCCAGAACAGUCCUUUCCCUUUACAAUGAUUUAUCCUGUGUUUUUUCUGUUGGACUGUUGGACCAUUAAUAUAAAAAAUUACAUUAGAUAUAAUAAUUGUCUUGGAUCACACUUUAAGGCAAGCAACAGAAAAAUACAUUUUUCUUCCAGGGAAGAGGUCUUGAUUAUGCUUAUAAACUUAGAAGUAAUCAUGUUUAGUACAAGGAAACUCUAUUCAUAUAUUUUAAAAUGAGAGUUAUCUUUGUAAAACAUUGUGCACUGUGAUAGCACUAGAGGCUUAGAUAUGUUGCUUAGUAAAAUCCUAUCCUUUC